AUGCGCAUGCGGUCACUGUCAAGCGUGACUGCCGCCACUCCUCCAAUCCCGAGCACCUCACUGCCUGCCCAUGAUGCAAACAUCAACUCCAGUACAACCUCACUCCCUGCUUCUGCUUCUGCUUCUGCUUCUACUUCAGCUUCUGCUUCUGGUGGGCGGAAUCACAGCGCUGCUUUGAUGCUGCAGCCGGGCGCUCCGCUCGAAUCCAAAUUGCUCGCUGCCCUCGAUGCACGUCGCGCAGUGCAGUCGUGCAGAACGCUGACCAUUGCCACAGACGAUGGCACAGCAUCGGGCGUACCGCUGGCUGAUUUCUCAUCGAACGACUACCUCGGUCUGGCGCGAGACCAAACCUUGCAGGCGCGGUUACUGCAACCGCCGACGACGUCGACGAUGGAUGAACAUGCACUUCGAGAUCGCGCAGUGGGCUCGACCGGAUCGCGGCUCUUGACUGGCAAUAAUGGCUUGUACGAGUGUGUGGAGCGCCUGGUGCGUGAUUUUCACGGCGGAGCGGCCGGUCUGAUUUUCAACUCUGGCUACGAUGCCAAUCUGGGAAUAUUCGGGAGCCUGCCACAACGCGGCGAUGUCAUCUUUGUCGAUGAGCUCAUUCACGCCUCGGUGCACGAAGGGCUGAAGCUCUCGCGCGGAUCCAAGGUGACCUUCCGACACAACGAUCUGGCCGACCUUGAGCGCAAGCUCGAGCAGGCAGCCCGCCAGUCCGCAGGCUUGCGAGAGCCGUCAACCGGCGGCAGUAACAGAAGCAGUGGAACAGCAGAAUCAUCUGAAGGCCCAACAGCUCCGGCAGCGGGCCGGACAAGGUCCUUUUUGAUUGCGGUCGAGUCGGUUUACUCGAUGGACGGUGACUGCGCCCCGUUGGUGGAGCUCGCGCAGUUAGCCGAGCGCUGGAAUGCGGCGCUCAUUGUCGACGAGGCGCAUGGGACGGGAGUGAUGGGCGACCGCGGGCAAGGGCUCGUUGGCGCGCUGGGCGUGGAGAAUCGCGUUUUUGCGCGCGUGCACACGUUCGGCAAGGCACUCGGUGCUCACGGUGCCAUCGUUAUUAGCUCGCCAGUCGUCCGCGAGUAUCUCGUCAACUAUGCGCGCUCGCUGGUGUACACGACAUCGCUUCCGCCGCACUCGUUGCUGUCGAUCGCGCAUGCCUACCGCCGUCUCGAAGAGGUCGGCUCGGAGCGGAGGGCCAAGGUGCUCGAUCUCAUUCAGCACUUUCGGACGCGGAUUCAAACAUGCUCGAAUGCACGCAUUGCGCGAGCUCUCCUCCCGUCCGACACUCCCAUCCAAGGGCUCGUUGUGCCCGGCAAUGCACAAGUUGUUGCGCUCGCCCGCCAUUUGCGAAAGCGGGGUAUGAACGCGUUGCCAAUUCGCUCGCCGACCGUACCCACCGGCGCUGAGCGGCUUCGAAUCAUUGUGCACGCCCACAACACGGUGCAGCAAAUCGACGGACUCGUGGCGGCCAUUGAAGAGUACUUUGCGUCAGAAGAUUCUUCGACCGAUUCUCCAGUGGUAAAGGCCGUUCCUGCGCCAGCUGUCGUGUCGUCCCUGUAGCCGGAAUCUAAUCGAUUGAAAUUCGUGUUGGUU